CUCACUCACUGUCUCUCUCAACCUUGACUGCUCUUAAGACCGCACGCGACACCACGCGCUCCCCAACCAACGUACGGAAUCAAAAAGACUCUGAUUUCCUUUCCUCCUUUUGUAUUACUAUUUUAUUAUUAUAAAAAAAUAAAUAAAAAUAAAAAUAAAAUAAAUAAGACACUACUCACUGCCUCAGUCCUUCAUUCCAUUCCAUUCUUUCUUUUUUAUACGAGUUCGUUCUUUCUUUACUUUCAUUAUUCUCAUUUCUCACCAAUUCCAAAAACUUCAUUCUUCUCUUUUUCUCUCUCUCUUUCUUCCUCCAAAAGCCCCAAAUCCCAAAGACAAACCAGACCAGAAUGCCCUCGGAAUCAGGGGAUAAGAAACAAGCGGCAAGACCCCAACUAAGCAUGGGACACCUUCCGCCGGCCCACCCUGAACCACUCCCAUGCCCAAGGUGUGAUUCAAUCAACACCAAGUUCUGCUACUACAACAACUACAAUCUCUUGCAGCCACGCCACUUCUGCAAGGGCUGCCGUCGUUACUGGACACACGGUGGAGCACUCCGUGACAUCCCAGUUGGUGGAGGCACUCGUAAGAACACUAAACGCACUCGUUCUUCCAACUCCAACUCCUCCUCAUCCUCUUCCUCUUCCUCUUCCAUGACCCAUGACCACCAGCUUCUGCCAUCUAAACCACUGCUCCCUGACUUUUCCCUAGUGAAUACACAAACCGACUCAUCUGCUGUUUCACAGGCACAAGUGAAUCUGAACAACGGCAGUGUGGCCGGUGGGGUUGGGUUCACCUCGCUGCUGAAUUGCCAGGCACCUGGUGGGUUCCUGGCACUUGGAGGGUUUGGGCUUGGAGUCGAUGAGAUUGGGUUAGGAUAUGGGUACGGAGGGAGAGGUGUUUGGGCUUUUCCUGAGGUCGGUGAGUUUGUGAAUGGCGGUGGUGGCACAGCUGUUGGUCCGGGUUCUACGUCGGGUUGUAACGCGUGGCAGCAGAUGAACGGCUCGGAUGGUGGGUUAGUGGAUGGUGGUGGUGAUUGCUCAUACUGGCCGGACCUUGCCAUUUCAAUGUCAGGGAAGGGUUUGAAGUAACAGCACUGCUGACGUGGUAUUUCGAAUAAAUUUCUUUUCUUUUUUCUUUUUAGGGUGGUUGGUGGGUCUUACUUUUUCUCUGAGUGUUCUUUGUCUGGUUUAAAAACAGAGAUUUUAGAAUGUUCAGAGAGUUUGGGGUUGUUGGUUUUUUUUUUUUCUUUUUCAAAAAAAAAAAAAAGAAGAAACUUUUAUGGGUUGGUUUGUUGUUACUGGUGGAUAUAGUAAGGAAAUCCAUAAUAGAAGAAGAAGAAGAAGAAGAGAGAAGGUAGCUUGGUUAAUUUUAAGUCUUUCUUUUUUAGAGUUUUUGUUUUUUAAGAAUGGCUUUCUGUAAAAAUCUUUGGGUCCAUCUGUUUUAUACAGAGAAAAAUGGCCAACAAAAAAAAAGAAGCUACUUGCUAGAAAGAAA